AUGGAGAUCGUCGGAGGGGCUCGUGACUUUUGCGGUCGCAUUUGCAGUGUUUACGCCGUCGAUCAAAAAGUUGAUUACUGGGCUGCGCUGUCUCUCGAGUCCUUCGGAGUGGCACUGCUGAUCACCAACUGGAUCGCUGGUUACAUCGAUGGCGGUGUCGCCAAAAGUCGCCCAUUCCUCGUUGGCAUCGGCGUCAUGCUUGUCGCCACCCUGCUCUUCUUCUUCAGCAAGAAUUCCUACCUCAUCAUAUUCGCCAGAGCUCUGCAGGGAGCUUCCGAGGCCCUCGUCUGGGUGUCCGGCAUUGCAUUUCUAGUCUCACAGGUAGACGAGGCCAAUCUGGGAGUGUGCAUGGGCUACACGACACUUGGUGCAACAGUCGGGGAGCUGAUGGGGCCUAUUGUCGGGGGCUACCUCUAUGAAAGCCUAGGACAUUGGGCCGUCUUUACUGUUGUCGAGGCGGUGAUUGCGGUUGAUAUCGGUCUCCGACUUCUUGUCAAGGAACGAGAUGAAGACUCGGCAUCACAGCAGAAGCAAGGCAUGGCGGACGCCGCCAAGGGUCUUUCAGAAGCAGAUGCCCUCCUCGGAGCCUCUUCAGCAGUAUCUCACGGCACAAUAGAUGAAUGCAACCACAGCUCGUCGACGGAUCUAGAACAUGGAGGCGAAGACAAUCGAUCGGCGCUUUCUGGUAUCGCCAAGUGCGAAGAUGCUGAUGAUGUAGCAGCACUGAGAGUACUGGGUUGGAACUGGCUGUCCAGCGUCUUGGGGGCGGCCAUGGCAUGCGUUGUCCGGUCAGCCUUGGAAGCUACUAUUCCCAUCUACGUCCUUCGCCAUUUUGGCUGGACUUCAUCUGCCGGAGGAGGCGUCAUGUUCGCCUUGCUUCUCCCCAUGGUAGGCGGUCCGCUUGUUGGCAAGUAUACAACUUUGUACGGCCCUCGAUGGUUCAGCACGCUAUCAGCGCUUGCAUGCGGAGUCUUCAUGGUCACUCUCGGCUUCCUGACCGGAGACGAUACGACAACCCGCGUGCUCUUCGUGGUGAACGUAGGGCUUAUCGGCCUCUGCAUUUCUCUCGCCACGACGACUCAAACGACCGCCAUCUCUGCCGCCGCGCAGAGAGUCGCGGCUCUGAGAAGCCGCAUACGGGGCAGCGGCGUAGAGCUGCGCUGGGAAUUGAAGAUGCUGACUCCAGGCAUGAUGCUCAGCGGUUUGAGCACGGCAUGGGCCUUGGGUCUCUUUCUUGGUCCAGCCUGUGGGCACGUUUUCCAUUUCAGCACGAAUACGGACUGGAUGCACUUGUGCUGUUUUCUGGGGUUGCUGUCGACUAUGACGGGAGUCUAUUGCUCCUUUACGUGGACAACAUGGCGCUGA